AUGCCAGACACCAUCCCACUCUGGAUUCUCACCAAACGACUCAUCGAUACUCUUGCCAAGGGAAUCAAACUGAUACUCAGGGCGAUCCUUGUGGCCAGUAUAUGGCUCGCCAUUCUCCCAUACUUCACCAUCUGGAUCUGGCGGCUCUACUUUUGGGUGGGAGAUUGGUUCGCAUUCAGUGCCAACGGAUUGGGCGUGCCAAACAUGUAUAUUCAAAAUGGCACAGCAGCAGCAGCGACCAAUGCGUCAGAAAAACUGGCAGGAAGUGAAAAUGCGGCGGAGGAAUUGGGAAGCUUCACUCGACUUGUCCAGCAAACCAUCCCUCCCGAGCACAAAUGGCUCAGCACACUUAUCCUCGAUUGCUUUGAAGGACAAGUUGUCAGCGCAGUGGUCGUGGUCGUGUUUGUUGCCAUUUUCCUCCUUCGCGAGUGGGUCCUCCAGAACCAGGAUAUUGACGAUCAAUUUGCAGAGGUGCAGGAGCGCGCGGCGGAGAGAGUUCAACAGUUGGAUCAGGCAGAAAUCGAAGGCGCACUGGGAUUGCUUGUGGCCGCUCAAUUACAACGACAACAGCAGGAUGCAGCUGCUGCAGGGGGAGUUCCAGCAGUGGCGGAGCAUAGGCCGCAACAGGGUCGCGCCGCUGGUCGCCUCGAUCCUCCACCUUUUGCGCCAACUCUGGGUCGACGCAACCUUACGAACCUUGGUCAAAAUCGGGACAACAUCUGGGCGGACGACUUUGACGUUUUUGACGACGAGACCGAUCCAUUUCGGGACACUCCAGAGCUCAACCCCGGAGAUGCCUUCCUCGCACCAGCAGAGUCAUCGUCAUCCGCAAACAGACCAGGAUAUGUGUAUGACCCUCUCAACCAGACGUAUCACCCGGAUUCCCGCUGGGUUCAGGAGUCAUCAUCGCCUUUCAACAACCCCGAUAUUCAUCGCCGUAUCGAGUCAUUGAUGAACGACAACGGAGAAGGAUCUUCAGCAUCAAGAACCGGCGCCUCGGCUUUGCUCGGAGGCGACAGCAUCAUUCGCAGAAAGGAUAACAGACCCCUGUACUGGAAGGCUGGCAUUCCCUUGACGCUCGAUAAUGUAUUCUUGAAGUUGGAUGGCACUGAGAUGACACUGGACGAGAAAAUUGACCGAUACGACACUCUGACCGAUACGAACCAGCUUUCAUUCAAAGACUCGGUGAAGCUCCUGGAAUGGAGAAACGAACAAAUUGAGGCUCUCUUCGACCAGUCUCAGGUUCGCCAGCCAGGAAUGACAGUUGAAGAGAGACUGGAGGCACUUCAGCGAUUGGAGGAUAGAGCUCAUCGCAUGGUUCAUCAGCGAGAGGCACUUGUGCGACAGGCUGAAGAGCACUUCCAGGUUCCACCUCAAGACGCAGCUGAAUUCCUUGAUUUUCGAGCAUUCGACCCUCCAGAGCCCGCCCCAGCCCCAGUUCCGGCCCCCCGACCCGCAGUUGCUGCAGCACCAGCGCCACCGCCAAUUUUGCAACAGGAUCUUCGGGAUUUCGCCGCCGUACAGGAGGCUGCCAGAGCUGCUGUGGCGAAUGGGGGAGCAGGAGACCUGCCUAUAGACGAAUUGGACGACAUGAACGUGGAGGAGUGGGACGGUAUUCUCGAGGUGAUCGGAAUGCGCGGAACGUACUGGCUGCUUCUCCAGAAUUCACUCCUCAUGUCAGCGCUUAUCUGCGCCAGUUUGGGACUUGGUGUUUGGGUUCCGUAUAUGCUCGGCAAAACGACGGUCCUAAUGAACCCCCUUAACGUUUUGCGGAUGCCUUUGCGGAUUCUGAGCAGCUUGACCGACCCUAUCACCGAUUUCGUGAUCGACCGCUUGGUGCCAUUCUCUGUCGCCGUGGUAUCCAAGCCCAUUGUCGCAGUAUUGUCUCGCAUCUCGCCCUAUGUCAGUCCAGUCGCUAGAUCGUAUCUUGGAAGCAAGAUGCUAAAGCCUCUCGUGGAGUUUGGUCAGGAGCACAUUGUCCCAGUCUGGAGCGCAGUGGUGGGCGAGGCAGGAGCGUUAACGCCUACUCAAGCCCAGGAGAACAUCCAGGAAUCUGUGGUGUUGAUGCUCCCCAAUACCACUCAGAUACCCUUGUCCGCUGGAGGAAAGCUGUAUCAGGAAACUAUUACAAAGUGGGCCGAGGUCGCCUACGGUUCAUCUCUUGACAACAAGGUUGUGCCAAUUGUUAUUGGGUACGCCCUCCUUUGCUCAGUGGCAGCAUGGUACAUGAAGCGUCCACAUCGAGUUCAUGACCAUACCAUCGGGAGGUAUGUCCGGGACAUCAUCCAGCAGCUGAGUCUCAUUAUCAAGAUUGCGUUCUUUGUUUCAAUGGAGAUGGUCGUCUUCCCACUAUUCUGUGGAACUGUCCUAGGUCUCACCACGUUACCCCUUCUCCCAGGCGCCACCUUGGCUUCACGAUGGGCGUUCUAUCAACAGUCGCCUAACUGGUGCAUCGUUAUGCACUGGCUUGCCGGCACGACAUUCAUGUUCAACUUUUCCAUGUUUGUGAGCAUUUGCCGAGGCGUCGUCCGCCCCGGAGUGAUGUGGUUUAUCCGCGACCCCAACGACGAGGGAUUUCAUCCAGUACGCGAGAUUCUCGAGCGCCCGGUCUUCUUGCAGCUCCGCAAGCUUGGUACAGGAGCCUUGAUGUAUCUCACCUUGAUCGUGCUCGGUGUCACUCUGACUACUCAAAGUAUCUAUUGGAUCAUGAAUGGCGUCCUUCCGCUCCGUUGGCCUGUAGAUGAGCCACUCUCAGAUAUUCCCAUCGACAUGCUGCUCUUCCAUCUCGCUGUGCCUUUGACCAUUCGAUGGAUGAACCCUGCGGACCGAUUUAAGAUUUUGUUUAUCGGAUGGUGGAAAAAGCUGGCGGAGACAAUGCGAUUGAGCUCGUUCAUGUAUGGUAACGAUGGUAAGCGGUAUCCGGAGGAGGAGGGCCACAUUGUCUACCGUACAUGGAAGGCGUGGCUCUUGCGAUACCGUCCCCCCAUUCCUAAUGUGGAGACGAACGGCAACGGUACAGUCGGCAGCGGUGAAGAGCUUGAUGUCGAUGCACCUGUUAUCUUUGUGCCCGAUGGCGGCCUCUACCGCGUUCCUAGCACAGAUCGUGUUGUCCACUUGAAAAACAGGAGAGUUCUUGUCCCAGUUGAUGCCGAAGGACGAGCAUUGGAUCCCAAGGAAGAUAUGCCUGCCGAGAUCGACCCCUUGAUGGAAAUUCUACCUCGAGGACGUGAACCAAGACAGCAAAUUAACCCCAAGGACCAUACCGUUAUUGUGUACACGCCACCCAACUUCAAGCGACGAUUGAUCUCGUUUAUCGUCAUCAUGUGGACCUCGACUAUGUUCUUCCUCGCGCUCUCCAUCGUUGUUCCAAUGGUUCUUGGAAGGUUCUUGAUCACAUUCAUGACAGAGCGUGCUGUCCACGACGUUUACUCGUUUGUUGUUGGCGUCUACGUUGUUGGCAUCGUUUGGCACAUUCAAGAGUGGCUGGCCACUGGCUAUGGGACUCUGAAGGCAGCAGAAGCUCCUCGUGUCGACAUCCGUGCACAAUUGACGACCGUCCUGGAGACUGGAACGAUCGUUGCCAAGACGACCUUCUUUGGAUUGGCAUUCGGAGUUCUACUUCCUUUCCUCCUCGGAUUCAUGGUGGAGCUGUUCAUGAUUCUGCCUUUGCGAACCGCCCUUGGCGACGACGUCAAGAUGAUCUUUACUAUGACUUGGGCCUUGGGUCUGCUCUAUAUGAGAAUUGUUCAUCAAGUCCUCGUGUCGUUCCCUACGAACCGCUUUGCCGUCGACAUGAACGCGGUCUUUGUUGGAGCAGAUAUUGAGGGAUGGUCCGUUGAAUUGGCAAUCCGUCGCCUUGUCCUUCCUGCCUUGGGUAUCUUUGUCGCUGCAAUUGGCUGUCCUUUUGGUUUGGCCUGGACUGUAGCCAAGUCUCUCAACCUGGAGGGGGCUGCCAGAACCAACUUGUUCCGUACGUCGUAUCCGGUGAUGAUGGUGGUUUACCUGAUUGUGUUUGGUAUCAAGGAGGGACACGUAGUUCUGAGCGGAUGGAGCCAGAGUCAGUAUAUCCGCGACCAAGAAUACCUAAUUGGCCGCCAGCUCCACAACUUGACGGAGGAGGAAGAGAAUGCCGCAGCUGCUGAGGCAGCUCAAGAGCAGGAGCAGCAACAACGCCACGAGCUUGGAGCUGAAGCCGAACAAGCCGAUGACACUCAGGAUGAGCCAGCUGCGCCACCGCCACUUUAUCGGUCUGGACGACGGAUAUACGGCCGGUUUGAGCAAAUCGAUGGGAUGCCAGCGCUGGAAUCUAUAUUGAGCGAUGACGAUGAUGAUGGCGAUGUCACAGAGUAUCGGACGGCGGGUCGACGACUCGGAAAGGAGCCAGUAUCCUACGGCCGUUUGUUUGAGCGAAUCGAUCAGUCGUCCAGCAUAGAGGACGAUGAUAUGUACACAUACGGAGAGGGAUCGAUGGAGGGCGCGCUGGACGAGUUCUCGAACGAACAGGGCUCGAGUAGUAGUAGUGCGAGCCAGAUUCGACGGAGUCAGCGGCUUCAAGCCAUCCGGGACAACCAAGACGAUCGAUAG